UAGAGACAUAGCGACGCGUGUACGCAACUUACCGUGCAAAUGAAGAAGGUAAUGAUCCCUUCGUUGGAUAUGAAAAAGAGUAUUUCCGUGAAGGUAGAUAGUGAUCUGACAUUGCUACUGUCCAGUGGAGUGUACGAAAUCAAGAAGAUGGAGCCCCGCUGGAGGCUCCGACGACCGAUCAUCCUCAUAUGUCUCGUUCUCACCAUUGCCGGCAUCAUCGGGUUUGGCUACUACUGUCCAGAUCAGGUGUGUGCCCUUUCGCGCCGGGAAGUCACCUCAUCGGUGGGGCUCGGGAUGCCGGGCGGUGGGUCCGGCCUGGAGCUGACGGCUGGUUACGAGCACGAUAAUCUCGGCAAACCGGUCCAGCAGAAUCUGCUGGCGAACCCGGGCCUCAGCUACGAGGAGGUGCUGAACGAUGACUUCCAGUUCGACAUGAACGCACACGACGUGAUGGUGUUUCUGCACAUCCAGAAAACGGGCGGCACCUCCUUCGGCAAACAUUUGGUGCGUGAUCUGGACCUGAAGCGUCCAUGCACCUGCCAGCGUAAAAAGAAACGCUGCUACUGCUUCCGACCGCACCGGAACGAGAACUGGCUAUUUUCGCGCUACUCCACCGGCUGGAAGUGUGGUCUGCACGCGGACUGGACCGAACUGACCGGUUGCGUCGAUCAGGAGCUGGACAAGAACGAGGGCGAAACGGCCAAACGUCGUUACUUCUACAUCACGCUGCUGCGUGAACCGAUCGCGCGCUAUCUGUCCGAGUUCCGGCACGUGCAGCGUGGCGCCACGUGGAAAAAUGCUCGCCACUGGUGCCUCGGGCGGCACGCGACGCCGGACGAGCUUCCGCCCUGCUAUAAUGGUGCCAACUGGAAUGGUGUGGCGCUGGAUGAGUUCGCCGGGUGCGAAAACAAUCUGGCCGCCAACCGACAGACGCGCAUGCUCGCCGAUCUGGCACUGGUCGGUUGCUACAACAAAACGUACAUGCCGGCGGCCGAACGGGACCGGAUCAUGUUGGCCAGCGCCAAACGCAACCUAGCGGCCAUGUCGUACUUCGGCCUGACCGAGUACCAGAAGAUCUCGCAGUACAUCUUCGAGGAAACGUUCAACCUACGGUUCGCGAUACCGUUCGAGCAGCACAACACCACCGUGUCGACGGUGACGAUGAACAGCCUGACACCGGUCCAGCGGGCCCGCAUCGACCAGCUGAACGCGCUUGACCUCGAACUGUACGCGUUUGCAAAGAAGCUAAUGUUCCAAAGAUUCGAAAGACUCAAAGCCAAAGAUAACGACUUCGAGGUCCGGUUCGCGCAUCUGGGCAACCUGGGCGUGCGGAACGGCGUGACGGAGUUCAACUGGGACAGCAACAUUGACGACAUGCCCAGCAACGAACAUCACUGAUAUCGGCCCCCACGGACUCGUCCGGCCUCGGCGAUGACACCCGGCGAGGACGACCGUAGUAUCAUCGCCACCGGCGGCGGCAGAGGAGGACGACGGCGCUGGCGAUCGGACAGUGGUAGCGGUGGACCGUUGCCGGCCAUCGGAACAUCAUCGUUUCGG